AUGGUUGGUUCAGAUGUAGACGUGGAUUCUGUAGUAGUUGGUUCAGAUGUAGUGGUGGAUUUCGUGGUGGUUGGUUUAAGUGUUGUGGUUGAUUUUGUAGUCGUUAUUUCAGAUGUAGAAGUGGAUUCUGUUGUUGUCGAUUUUGAUGUUGAUGUGGGUUGGGUUGUGAUUGUUUCAGAUGUGGUGGAUCGAGGAAGGUAUUGA